AUGGUCGACGUCCCGGACGACAAGGCCGGCAGCGAAGCAGCUCCGCCGUUGGCGAAGCGGAGAAAGCUCAGGAAAGGAACCAGAUCCUGCUGGGAGUGCAAGCGACGCAAGAUCCGCUGCAUGUUUGCUUCGCCCGGCGAGGUCACUUGCAUCAGCUGCCAGCAUCGCGGUGUGCGCUGCGUUCCGCAGGACAUCGCCGAGGACCCAUUCCCUGCAAAAAGGGAUACCCGGCGUCUCGGGGAACGCAUUGCCGCGGUCGAGAACCUGGUGAAUGGCAUUCUUUCCAGCAGCCGUGGCGCUGAGGCAGCCAACACGGAUGGCAGAGCACCGCGCCGAGAGGGACCUUCGCCCCCAAGCUCCGACAUCUCAAGCCGGCCAGCGUACAAUCCAUCCCCACAAUCUCCGCCGAGUUCACUUUUUCCCAGCCCGGACUCGCAAGGCGCAUUGCGCCUCUCGGACGGAGCGACCGAAGGCACCGCCAACCCCUUGUUUGCUGCUUUACCCACUCAGAAUGAUGUCAGAAUCCUCCUCAGAGCAAGCCGCCGGUCGGCGCGGUACACGCUCUUGAGCAACACUCAACCACAUAGCAAACUGACGCUCGAGCGGCUUCGAGCACCGUACCCAGAAGUGGAUCUGCCUCGUCCCGACACUCCUCCUGUCACCUUGGCCCGAGCCAUGUUGACGAUCGCGAUCGCGCUGCAAAACCCCUCGGGAGAGAACACAGAGGGCCUGUCCGAGCCGCCGGGCGUGCUCAUGAGCCGCUUCGUCACGGCCGCCAGAACGUGGGUCACGACCAACGACGAGAUGCACGGCACCGUCGACUGUCUGGUCUGCAUCAUACUGGAGGGCGUAUACGAAAUGAACAGUGGCAACCUCCGGCGGGCUUGGGCUGUUUUCCGCCGGGCAAUGUCGGUCGCCCAGUUGAUGGGCCUUCACCGCUCUCCCAUGCCGCCGCUGAAGCGAAUCGACGCCGACCUCGACGCGGAUCCCGAAUUCUUGUGGUUUCGGAUCGUCUACCUGGACCGCCAUCUGAGUUUGCUGCUGGGUCUGCCUCAGGGCACAUCCGAGAAGAGCAUGGCGGCCGCGGCCGCCGUGCGGAACGAACCCGCUCUGGGGAGGUUCGAGAGGCUCCUCACCGUCGUUGCUUCUCGAAUCUUGGAGCGUAACGAAAGCCCCUUUCCCGCGAGCCAAGCGCCGGCAACGCAGGCCAUCGACAACGAGCUACUCCAGGUGGCCGGGAGCAUGCCAGCCAGCUUCUGGCGUGCCCCGGACUUCCACCGCUUGACGCCGGGAUCCCCGGAGACGCUCCUGGAGACGCAGCGGCUCGCAGCCCACGUCUACUACCACGGCCUCCUGAUCCAGCUCCACCUCCCGUUCAUGCUGCGCGUGGGCGACAACGCGGUCGACGAAUACUCCAAGAUCACGUGUGUCAACUCCAGCCGCGAGAUCAUGAGCCGCUUCAUCGCGCACCGGACCUUCAACCCCAGCUCGUCCUGCUCGCGGCCCGUCGACUUCUUCGCGCUGCUGGCGGCCAUGACGCUCUUGCUCGCCCAUCUCGAUGCCCACCACCAUCGAGGACCCACCAGCAUCCUCGCGCACCAGCGCCUGACCGAUCGGGCGAUGCUGGAUCAGGCGCUGGAGCGGAUGGAUGCGAUCAAGACGAGAAACAGGGACGUGACGACUGCGAAGAGCGCUGAGUUGAUCCGCCGAUUGCUCGACAUCGAGGCCGACGCGUCGGCGGGCGGCGGCAGUUACAACGCAGCGAGGAGCGCUGGGGCCAGCGGCGGCGGCGACGAGGGAUUCCAUCAUGGAGAGGAGCUGCGUUUGACCAUCCCGUACCUCGGCGUCAUCAGGAUCUGCCGGCAGGGGCCAAUAUCGCGAGAGUUGCCGGCCGACGUUUCUGCUGCGCAAACGCCGUGGAGCGGAAGCGAGAUGCAGUGCCCCAGUUCGGCCUGGGACAACCCAACGCUUCCUUCUAUGGCAGACGGGGUAGACGGGGUAGACGACUGGGUGUUCCAGGGCGUCGACACGGCGUUUUUCGACGGCCUGCUGAGAGGGACUGCGGCCCUGGAUGCUGCUGUUGGGCUCGACGCUUCAGGUACUUAG